CACAUUAUAUUACUGAACACUGAACAGCAUCAAGAGCAAACAGCUCUCGUUCGUAAAAAAGUGGAGUGCUAAGUUCCUGAAAGUGCGUGUGUGAUCCUCCAUUCAAGAAAAGAAGGAAGUGCGGAGAACGAUUUUCAUCUAGGAAGAAACAGAAAGUGAUAAACUUAAAUCUAAUCAAAGAUGGCAGCCACCAAGGCACCAGCAGUCGGUAUUGAUUUGGGUACCACCUACAGUUGCGUGGGUGUGUUCCAGCAUGGCAAGGUUGAAAUCAUUGCCAACGACCAGGGUAACCGGACGACCCCGUCCUACGUGGCGUUCACCGAUACAGAGCGUCUGAUCGGAGAUGCCGCCAAGAACCAGGUCGCCAUGAACCCCGUCAACACCAUCUUCGAUGCCAAGCGUCUGAUUGGUCGCAAGUUCGAUGACCCAGCCUGCCAGUCUGACAUGAAGCACUGGCCGUUCGAAGUCGUCUCGGUCGAAGGCAAACCAAAGAUUCAGGUUGAAUACAAGGGUGAGACCAAAAACUUCUUCCCAGAAGAAAUCAGUUCCAUGGUGCUGACCAAGAUGAAGGAAACCGCCGAAGCCUAUCUGGGCAAGACGGUGUCCAACGCCGUGGUGACAGUGCCUGCUUACUUCAAUGAUUCGCAGCGUCAGGCCACCAAGGAUGCCGGUACCAUCUCCGGACUGAAUGUGUUGCGUAUCAUCAACGAACCGACCGCCGCCGCUAUUGCCUAUGGUCUGGACAAGAAGACCGCUGGCGAGCGCAAUGUGCUCAUCUUCGAUCUUGGUGGCGGUACCUUCGAUGUGUCUAUUCUGUCCAUCGACGAUGGUAUCUUCGAGGUCAAGUCCACCGCCGGUGACACCCAUCUGGGUGGUGAGGACUUUGACAACCGAUUGGUGAAUCACUUCGCCCAGGAAUUCAAGCGCAAGCACAAGAAGGAUCUGUCGACGAACAAGCGUGCCCUGCGUCGUCUUCGCACAGCAUGCGAACGCGCGAAGCGUACGCUGUCCUCGUCGACCCAGGCCAGCAUCGAGAUUGACUCGCUGUUCGAGGGUACCGACUUCUACACCUCGAUCACCCGUGCCCGUUUCGAGGAACUGAACGCCGAUCUGUUCCGUUCCACGAUGGAACCCGUCGAGAAGGCCAUCCGUGAUGCCAAGAUGGACAAGUCCACCAUCCACGACAUUGUCCUCGUCGGUGGAUCCACCCGUAUCCCGAAGGUCCAGAAGUUGCUCCAGGACUUCUUCAACGGUAAGGAACUGAACAAGUCGAUCAAUCCCGAUGAAGCCGUCGCCUAUGGCGCCGCUGUUCAGGCCGCCAUUCUGCACGGAGACAAGUCCGAGGAAGUGCAGGAUCUGCUGUUGCUUGACGUUACUCCACUGUCGCUUGGUAUCGAAACUGCCGGAGGUGUCAUGAGCGUUCUGAUCAAGCGCAAUACCACCAUCCCCACCAAGCAAACCCAAACCUUCACCACCUACUCGGACAACCAACCCGGUGUACUGAUCCAGGUCUUCGAAGGUGAACGUGCCAUGACCAAGGACAACAACCUGCUCGGCAAGUUCGAACUGUCCGGAAUCCCACCAGCUCCCCGCGGUGUCCCUCAGAUUGAGGUCACCUUCGACAUCGAUGCCAACGGUAUCCUGAACGUUACGGCCCUCGAGAAGUCUACCAACAAGGAAAACAAGAUCACCAUCACCAACGACAAGGGCCGUCUCAGCAAGGAGGACAUCGAGCGUAUGGUCAACGAAGCCGAGAAGUACCGCAACGAGGACGAAAAGCAGAAGGAAACCAUCUCCGCAAAGAACGCUCUGGAGUCGUACUGCUUCAACAUGAAGGCUACCAUGGAGGACGACAAGCUGAAGGACAAGAUCACCGACAGCGACAAGACUCUCAUCAUGGACAAGUGCAACGACACCAUCAAGUGGCUCGAUGCCAACCAGCUGGCCGACAAGGAAGAGUACGAACACCGCCAGAAGGAGCUGGAAUCCGUCUGCAACCCCAUCAUCUCCAAGCUAUACCAGGGUGCCGGUGGUGCUCCAGGAGGCAUGCCCGGAUUCCCAGGUGGUGCUCCAGGAGCCCCUGGUGCCGGUGCUACUCCAGGAGCCGGUACCGGUUCCGGACCAACCAUCGAGGAAGUCGACUAAACCAUUCGACCUCGUCAACAACAUCAAUAACAGCAGCAGCAGCAGGUGGCUGAAUUCUUAACUUGGCGAGAUUCAAUUCCGAUUCAAAACCAGUAUUGUUGUUACUGAUUAUAAAAGAACAGUUUUAACUUAUUAACCAGAAAUCAUUCCGCGCUAUUUGCAACAAGCAAUCGAAUUGAAUUUUGUUUUUGUUAGUUUAGAUUUUUUCCUCCCUUUCUACCUAGUUUAAAACGCGUAAAUGUCAGGAAGCGAAGCAAUCGAAUACUUGAAAUAGAUCCGGCUUUUAUUGCAGACAGGGAAAAACACAAGAAUAGCUAAGAACCAAAAAGACGUAUUCUCAAACCGGAAAGAUGGAUCAAAAUAAACACACGAAAACGAGUUAAGAAUCUUAAA